AUGGCGGGAGCCGACGACCUGAAGGUGCUGGGAAUGUGGACGAGCCCGUUUGUGAUCCGAGUCCGCAUCGUGCUCAACCUCAAGGGACUGGCGUACGAGUACGUGGAGGAGGACCUCGGCAACAAGAGCGCGCUCCUGCUCAGCUCCAACCCGGUGCACAAGACCGUGCCCGUGCUGCUCCACGCGGGUCGCCCCGUAAACAAGUCCCAGAUCAUCCUGCAGUACAUCGACAAGGUCUGGGCAGGGACCGGGCCGGCCGUGCUAUCGCGCGACCCCUACGAGCGCGUGGUCGCGCUGUUCUGGCCGGCCGGAUAG